UGUGAAGAAUUUCCUCAAAAAGAUGUUUGUGGCUUUUGUUAUUUAGUGUUGUAAAUGCUUUCAGAAUGUUUGCUUCGGGAAAUGAAAUUUAUUGAGUAUGGCUCACUAUUCCAAAGAAGAGCUGGAUGAGGAAUUUGAACAGUUUAUGAAAGAGCUUUCAGAUGAUUCUUUUGGAACUUCAAACAAUACACCACGACCACCUAAAAAAGAAAUGAAGAAUGAUACAGUGCCUUGGUGGAUAACUGAAGAUGAUUUUGAAGAUGGUGGACUGCUUGGAACAAAUGUAAGCUAUUUGAAAACAAAGAAGACUUCUCAGCCUGUUAUAGAAACAGAAGAAGAAUCUGCUGAAAAAAUUCAGUUUCUUAAGAGCAGUGGAACCUCUAUUUUAAGUGUUGACAGCUUAGAAACAAAUGAGCUAGUAGUUUCUGAGCUCAAUCAUAGUAUUCUUGGAAUGGGAUUGGACACAUUAGAAGAACAAGAGGAGAAAGAGCAGUUUUUUACCAGGCUGGAGAAAGGCUUAACAUCUUCCAUUGAUUAUUCAAGACUAAAUAAGGAACUGGAUUCUAAGGACUCCACACAAUUUAAAGCAUUACAUAGUGAUCAUGCUGAUAUAGAACUCACUGAAGAUGAACUAGAGAGUGAAUCAAAACAUGAAUUACUGCCAGAAAAUUACAGUGAUGAUUUUGAAGAUGCAGAGGAUAUUGAUGCACCUUUGCUUACUAAAGAUGAAGAGACUCAUUGUGAAGAAAAUCCCAAAUUAGAAAAGAUAAAUGAACCCAAGCAGGAAGAAGAGAAAACUGGCAUGCUGGCUAAUGUUGUGCUGCUUGACUCAUUUGACUCUGUUGAAGAGGUGAACCUUAAUGGACAAGAUGAAGCAACACCUAAACCUAAGGCCCUCCCAGAAAUGAGUGAUAAAGAAAUGACAGGAACAGGUAUUUCUUCCCGACAAAGUACUAGUGACAUUGAAGCCCUACAUCAGGCUUAUUGUCAUGUAGCCCAUUCCUUGGGAGAUACAGAUGAACAAAGAAUUGAGAGUAAGACCAUGGAAGAUAUCAGAAGCUCAGUGAAAGAUCAUCCUCAAGAAAAUGAAGAGUCUUCAAAAAAUAUCUCUACUCCUGAAUCUGAUCUGCCCACAGUAGAGGAAUUGAUGAAACCUAUCAGAAUAGAUUCCUUUGGGGUCAGUGGUUUUGAUUUACACCCUGUCAGUUCUAAGAAAGUGGCUGAUAGUAAAGAAAGUGAAUAUAUUACCUCUUUACCCCUUAAGAUGAAUGCAAAUGCUGCGUCUCAAGACCUGAGACAUGUGAACCAAUUUUUUGAAAAAAAUGAUAAUGCAGUUUUACAAAAGAAAACACAUGGGAGUAUGGAAAGUAGCUGUCCAACAGUUGUGGAAGAACAUGUUGAUAAAAUGUGCCUUGAUAUUUUGAGGAAAAAAAUAUCUGUUAAUUCUUCAUUACCACCUCAGGAUGACAAAAUUAAUGAAACUUUCAGAUCUCAACUCAAUUCUGGAGCAGAACGAGCUGUGAUUGGUAAACAGGUACCAUAUAAGAAGGCAAGAAGUGCACCUCCUUUGCUUAAAAGAAAACCCCAGAGUGGACUAUAUGCAUCAGUUAGGAGUUCAGGCUAUGGCAAACCCAGUUCACCACUCAAGUUAUUUUCUACUCUUGAAAAGAAAACUUCAAAGGACAUUAUGAAGAGCAAAACCUUGAGAUCCAGUCCCACCUCAAAUCAAGCUAGGAAAAAAGAAAUCUUGUCUGGAACAAAACUCAUCAAGCCUGCAGCUUUGAGUAAACCAGUUUCCAAAAAUGAAAGUUGCCUGGCUACUCUUAAGAAGUCUGACGAUCCUAUAGCAACUGAGUCUUGCAUUCAAUUUCAGACUGAUUCAUCAGAAUAUUCUGGUGGGAACAAGGAGAAAGAAUUAUUUAUGCUUAAAAGAGUUCAAGUAGCAGAGGAAAAAUGGAGGGGUGCACAAGCCCUAAUUGAGCAAAUUAAAGUCGCAUUCACAGAAAAAGAGAAAGAGCUGGAAAAUAAAUUGGAAGACCUAAAGAAACAACAGGAAAAAGAACUCCUCAAAUUGAAUCAAGAAAAUUAUAUUCUUCAAGCCAAGUUAAGUAGUUUUGAAGAAACAAACAGAAAACAAAGAUGGUUACAUUUUGGAGAAACAACUGAUCCUGUCACUGAAGAAAAGUUGAAACAAAUCCAAAAAGAAAUACAGGAACAAGAGACACUUCUUCAAGGAUAUCAACAGGAAAAUGAAAGAUUGUAUAAUCAAGUAAAAGAGCUCCAAGAACAAAACAAGAAAAACGAAGAGCGAAUGUUUAAGGAAAACCAGAGUUUAUUCAGUGAGUUGGCUUCUUUAAAGGAACAGAUGCAUAAAAGUCAUUUCCUAUCUCAAGUAACUGAAGAUUCAGCACCCACCAGAAACCAGAGUUUUACAGAUCUAUUGGCAGACCUGCGGACAGCACAGAAAGAAAAAAUCAGUUUGUUGGAAGACAUUAAAAGAUUGAAGCAAGACAAACAAGCUCUUGAAGUAGACUUGGAAAAAAUGAAGAAAGAGAGAGACCAAGCCAAAGAUCAGAUUGCUUAUGCCACAGGUGAAAAACUAUAUGAAAUAAAAAUUUUAGAAGAAACACAUAAACAAGAAAUCAGUCGUCUGCAAAAGAGAUUACAGUGGUAUGCCGAAAAUCAGGAACUCCUGGAUAAAGAUACAGUCCGUCUUAAAGAAGCAAAUGAGGAAAUUGAAAAGCUAAAACGUGAGAUUGAGAAAUUGAAAGCUGAAUCUGGGACUGCAUCCCCUCAGCAGAAGUUACGUUCAAAAGAUAGAGCACUUGAUGCCAAAAAAAUUCAGGAUUUAGAGCGACAAGUUAAAGAAAUGGAAGGAAUUCUGAAGAGAAGAUACCCCAACUCUCUACCUGCUUUAAUACUGGCUGCCUCAGCAGCUGGCGAUACAGUAGAAAAUACAGUGGAAUUUUUGGAAAAAAGGAUUAAAAAGCUAGAGGCUGAUCUAGAGGGCAGAGAUGAAGAUGCAAAGAAAAGCCUUCGGGUCAUGGAACAGCAGUUUCAGAAAAUGAAGAUUCAGUAUGAAAAGACACUAGAGGAGCAGGAGCAGCUGCUUGCCCACAAAUUGAAGGAAGCACCCCAGAACCAACGUGACAGUUCAUCCAGGGUUAAAACACUAGAGACAGAGCUCAGGGACCUUAAAGAAGCCCAUCAGAACACUGUGAGAAACCUUGAAGCUGAAAUAGAUGUUCUCAGACAUCAGAAUGCUGAAUUAGAACACCAGAGAAAUGGCAAAGGUGGCCAUGAAGAUUUCCAGUCCAUAGAAUUUCAGGUAGAACAGGCCCAUGCCAAAGCAAAGCUGGCGAGACUCAAUGAAGAACUGGCUGCAAAAGGAAGAGAAAUACAGGACCUUUCAAGAACCGUGGAGAGGCUUCAGAAGGAGAGGAGAAUGAUGCUGUCUAAUCAGAACUUGAAGGGCAGAGAGGAAAUGACUGCCAAAAGGGGGAAGAAAGAGGUUUUUCCCCCAAAUAAAGGAAAUGCAAACUCCCUCACUGGAUCCCUGAAUGACAAGCCAUACCAACCACACACUUUUACUGAUUCCCAUAUGUCAGAAGUUUUACAAGAAAACUACAGGCUGAAAAAUGAGCUAGAGGGAUUGAUUUUGGAGAGAAAUAAGCUGAAGAUGGAAUCUGAAUCAGCAGUGAGCCAAUUUGAAAACUCCAUGAAAAGGGUCAAGGAAGAUACUGCAGCACAUAUUGCAUCACUCAAAGCAUCUCAUCAGAGGGAAAUAGAGAAACUCCUUUGCCAAAAUGCAGUAGAAAAUUCCUCUUCCAAAGUUGCUGAACUGAAUCGUAAAAUAGCAACUCAAGAGGUACUUAUAAAACAUUUCCAAAGUCAAGUUAAUGAGCUGCAGGAUAAACAAGAGUCUCUUGCGGUUUCUCAAGUUCGAGAAGAAAUUCUGCAGAAAGAGAUUUCAAAACUCUUGGAAGAAUUGAGAGAGGCCAAAGAAAACCAUACACCAGAGAUGAAACAUUUCAUGGGAUUAGAACAGAAAAUUAAACAGAUGGAAAUGAGACAUAAACAAAGAGAGCAGGAACUUCAACAGAUAAUACAGCAAACACACCAAGUAGUAGAAACUGAGCAAAACAAGGAAAUUGAGAAAUGGAAAAGACUUGCACAGUUAAAGAAUCGUGAGCUGGACAAGUUCCGCACAGAACUGGAUUCCAUAUUAGAUGUUCUUCGGGAGCUGCACCGGCAGGGGGUGGUUGUGCCCAUUACUUUUACAGAUGGAGUAAAUGCACCAGAGUUUUACUAGAAACUGGGAUUUUGCAUGACCUCAUAGAAAGGCCUAGAG